AGGUGCAUAGCAGAGGGCACAGCUGGCGCACUCUCUCGUGCCAGGGCCGCCCAUCUCUUCAGGACCGCUGCCCGGACAGCCCCCGCUGCGGCCGGGGAGGUGGCGGGGGAGCAGCAGCGGCGGCGCUGGCAGAGACGCGCAAGCUCAGGCGGCACGCGGCCCCCGCCAACCUGCAGGGGGCAGCAGCACCUCUCGCGGGCCGUGGCUGCGGCCCCGCCCCGCCGCGCCGCGCCGGCCGGGUACGUGCUGCGCCUGCGCCGUGGGCGCGGCCUUUUCGCCAGCGCUGCGGGCCCGGACGCUGCGCGGAGCGACUCGCGCCUACGCCGAGACGCAGCAACACCCGGCAGCAUGGGGUUUGUGAAAGUUGUGAAAAAUAAGGCUUAUUUCAAGAGGUACCAAGUGAAAUUCAGGAGAAGGAGAGAGGGAAAGACAGACUAUUAUGCUCGUAAGCGUUUGGUGAUUCAAGAUAAAAACAAGUAUAACACCCCUAAAUACAGGAUGAUAGUGCGUGUCACCAACAGAGAUAUCAUCUGCCAGAUUGCAUAUGCCAGGAUUGAAGGCGACAUGAUUGUCUGUGCUGCUUAUGCUCAUGAGCUGCCAAAGUAUGGUGUGAAGGUUGGCCUGACCAAUUAUGCUGCAGCCUAUUGUACAGGCUUGCUGUUGGCACGGAGGCUUCUGAAUAAAUUUGGCCUUGAUAAAGUUUACGAAGGCCAAGUUGAAGUGACUGGUGAUGAAUACAAUGUGGAAAGUGUGGAUGGACAGCCUGGUGCCUUUACAUGCUACCUGGAUGCAGGCCUUGCAAGAACUACCACAGGAAACAAAGUAUUUGGGGCUCUAAAGGGUGCAGUGGAUGGUGGUCUAUCCAUUCCUCAUAGUACCAAGCGUUUCCCUGGCUAUGACUCGGAAAGCAAAGAAUUCAACGCAGAGGUUCAUCGUAAGCACAUCAUGGGCCAAAAUGUUGCAGAUUACAUGCGCUACCUGAUGGAGGAAGAUGAAGAUGCUUAUAAAAAACAGUUCUCCCAGUACAUAAAGAACAAUGUUACACCUGACGCGAUGGAAGAAAUGUAUAAAAAAGCCCACGCUGGUAUACGGGAGAAUCCAGUCCAUGAAAAGAAACUGAAGAGAGAAGUCAAGAAAAAGAGGUGGAACCGUCCUAAGAUGUCCCUUGCGCAAAAGAAAGAUCGCGUUGCUCAAAAGAAGGCAAGCUUCCUCAGGGCCCAGGAGCACGUGGCCGAUAGCUAAGAUGCCUUCCACAAUUUUCUAUUAAGACUUCAGGAAAAAAUAAAUUUAUUAAACAAGUUAA